AUGCUUCACCAAGCAGUCCAUGAAAAGAGAUUAAGGGGAGUGUCUAUUUGUAGAAGGGGACCAAAAAUCUCCCAUCUCUUUUUCGCAGAUGAUAGCAUAAUCUUUGGGAGGGCUACCGAAUCUGAGGGGUUGGAAAUGCUGAGAAUUCUUAAGGUAUAUGAGUACUCUUCGGGGCAGCAGCUAAACAAGCAGAAAACUUCUCUAUUCUUCAGUAGAAACACAAGGGGGGAAAUACAGAACAAGAUCAAAAUAAUGCUUGGUGCCCAGGUGAUCAAGCAACACGAAACUUACCUUGGUCUUCCCUCCUUUAUCGGAAGAUCCAAAACGAAUUCUUUUGCUCAAUUAAAGACCAAGGUAGCUCACAAGUUGUCAGGUUGGAAAGAAAAGCUUCUUUCGGCUGCUGGUAAAGAAGUGCUCAUCAAGGUCGUGGCCUAA